UUCCGGGUGAACCCGUUUGCAGAGUGUUUUGAGUGGGUGGUGCAGUGAACUGUAUGUUUUGGAUACUUUAGUGUGUAUUUUUGGGGCAGUUCAGGAUGUAAACCAGGAAACGACAGUGUGAUGAGUCGCCUCGGCUGCUGUCCCGUCUCCCGCAGCGCCCCCGUGGUGGCCGUGUGCCUCGCCGCUCUGCUGCUCUGCAACGCCUUCAUCUACCUGUACCUGGAGUCUGUGUACCAGGCCGAGGAGCCGCGGGCCGCCGCCCGGGCGGGCUGCCCCCCCCGACACUUCAAGAUGGCCACCAUGAAGAACUGCACGCCCUGGCUGCAGUGCCCCGAGAUCCGAGCGGAAGUACGCAGGCUGAAGCUGAUUGGCCAGGGAGCGGUGAAGAAGGUCUACCUGGCGGAGUGGAGAACCCAGAAGGUGGCGCUGUCCUCCCUGUCCUCUGAGGACUACCUGGAGGACUUCCUGCACGGGCUGUCCAUGCUGCAGGCGCUGCAGGAGCCCCGGGUGGUGCAGCUGGUGGGGUUCUGCCUGGAGGACCGGCUGCUGGCCACCGAGUUCCACCCGCUGGGCUCCCUGCUGAACCUGGACCGGGUCCUGGCCCGGCCCCAGUACCGCCACCUGGACACGUGGCAGACGCGGCUGCGGCUGGCCGCGGAGUACGUGUCCGUCCUGGACUACCUGCACUCCGGGCCGGCCGGCCGCCGCGUCAUGUGCGACUCCAACAGCGCGGAGAAGACGCUGUCCCAGUUCCUGCUGACCGGCGACUUCCACCUGGUGGCGAACGACCUGGACGCGCUGCCGGAGGCCGACGCCGCCGCCGGCCUGCUGGUGAAGUGCGGCCACCGCCAGCUGAGCGGGGACUUCGUGGCCCCGGAGCAGCUGUGGCCCUUCGCGGACCGGGGCGAGCCCUUCUCGGACGAGCUCAUGCCCGGGUACGACGAGAAGACCGACAUCUGGAAGAUCCCCAACGUGACCUGGUCACUGAUGGGGAGCGUCCCCGGGGGGGACCUGGUCCACUUCCACCUGUUCCAGAUCCACGAGCAGUGCAAGAAGGCCGACCCCAGGCUCCGCCCCUCCGCCGGGGACGUCCUGAAGGUGUACCGAUCCGUGUACAGCGGCAUGGUGCGAGACAGCUCCAGAGACAUGCUGUAGGCCAACAGAGACCAGGAAUGGUUCUGAGGAGUCCUGAAGUACCAGAACCUGCAGGACAGGAGCCAAACGGUGUGUCGAACAUGUGGGCCCGAGGGCCAAAAAAAGCCCCAGAGAGGGUGUGGAAAAAUACAGAAUCAGGAGGAAAUAAAUAAGUUUUUGUUGAACAGUUGAGUCUUUUAUGUCACAUAGAAGAAAUAGACAAAGUUAGAUUGGAAUGCAUCUUUUGCAGUGAAAAACUGUUGAAUGAAAGUUUGAAACUUCGAGCUGAAGACGGAGUGUAGACUCAGAGUUCCUCCUCACUGAACUCACAGGCCUGAAAAUAACAGUGAAGUCAUGAAACUCUCAGUUAAAGGCCUGUUUUUGAACUGUGAUUUACUCAUGAGGUUUGUUUUGUUGCUGCUUGACAGUGGAAAACUCUCAGCUCACUUUUAUUUAUAAGUGAUAAUUGCAACUUUUCUGUGUGGAGUUUGCAUGUUCUCCCCGUGUGUGCGUGGGUUCCCUCCGGGUACUCCGGCUUCCUCCA